UUUGGACGCCAUACCAUGGGCCAUGGCCGUGCUUGGGUUUAUAAAGAAGUGGUCAAAGGAAUUUGUACCUCGCUAGUUAACUGGGAUGCAAUUGUGAGAUUGCCAUCUUUCCCAAGCAGAAAAAAGCUUGGUGGGAUUCUUGUGCACAACUUGAUCAAGGGUGACGUAGAUAGCCCUGAUUUGUUGAGCCGCAUAAACUUCACGAUUCCUAGACCCACUAGAUAUACUAUACAUAUACCGUUGUCCCUUCCGCUUUGUAGAUCGUAUUAUUCCUUGCAUAAACCAUUAAGGGUCUUUUGCUCGGAUUAUAAUUCCCUUUACCAUAUUAUAUCCAUUAUUAUCUGUAAGCUUACAAAUAAUUCAACCCCUGCUGCAACGCAGUGUAAGGAUGUCAAUACGGGAGCCUUUGCCUAUCCAUGUGCUGGGGCUGUCAUCGCGCGCCGUGUCAUCCUGACGGCCGCCCACUGUGCGCUGGCCAAGGCCGAUGGGCAUCGACUGUCGUCAGUGCGCGUGGGUGAGUACGGCACCUCCAGCGAUCCGGACUGCGCCAACACCGGGUUCUGCGCUCCACGCUCCGUGAAUCAUGCCAUCAGCCAUGUGAUCGUCCAUCCAGACUACAAGCAAGGCAGCUACCAUCAUGACAUUGCCCUCCUGGUACUCAAAACGCCGCUCAACUACUCGGUGGCCACACAGCCGAUCUGUCUGCAGAAGACACGCGCCAACCUGGUGGUGGGGAAGCGGGCGACCAUCGCCGGAUGGGGCAAGAUUUCCACGGCGAGUAUUCGCCAGCCUGAGAUGACACAUCUGGAUGUGCCGCUGACCAGCUGGGACCUCUGUCUGCGCAACUAUGGCUCUACUGGCGCCCUCGAGUCUCCCAAUUCGAUUGAAGGACAAUGGAUGUGCGCCGGCGGCGAGGGCAAGGAUGUUUGCCAGGGCUUUGGCGGAGCGCCCCUGUUCAUACAGGAGAACGGAAUCUUCUCACAGAUUGGCAUCAUGUCCUUCGGCUCUGACAAUUGCGGCGGACUGCCGAGUGUCUUCACGUCCGUGACACAAUUCACCGACUGGAUACUAGCAACUUAACCCAAUCAUUAUAUU